UUCAUUAUAGUUAACUACCUGAAAAGAUGCCCGCGGUGUUAUCACCGUUACGAAGAAACUGUUUUGGUUUGUGCAAAGCAUGCUGGACCGACCACAGUUCAACGCCCAAAAUGGCGGCCCGAUUGAAAAGUUUUGCCUGUUUUAUCCGAGUUUGUCUUCUUAACAGACUAUUUAUUUAGUGGUGUUAGCGGCACUGACGCAUACCAUUUCCACACUGGUGACACGCCGGCAUUUUUUCUAAUGGUUGUGGAAUAAGGCAAAAAUCAGGAUGGCGUUUUGUUAUCACCUCAAUUUCGGGCAUCACUUUACCAAUGCUAUGCUAAGCUAAGCUAUGCUAGCAAGCUAACUACUUUCAGAUGAGUGUUGGUUAAAAGCUUCGGUAGCUAGCUAGUUAUGUCAUGUCUCACCUGGAUCUCAACGUUGAACUGAAUAUGAAGAAGAAGACCUUUACAUAGAAAUGGAGGAUGAUGUGAAAAAAGUGAAAAAGCCUGGUAUCGUGUCUCCGUUCAAGCGAGUCUUCCUGAAAGGAGAGAAGGGGAGAGACAAGAAGGCCCAGGAGAAGGCCACUGAGCGCAGGGCACUCCACACCUUUUCACUCUCUCAACCUGACCACCGCAUCGACCCUGACAUCCUGCUUAAUGACUACAUUGAGAAGGAAGUCAAAUACUUGGGGCAGCUGACAUCAGUUCCAGGAUACUUGAACCCAUCAAGUCGCACAGAAGUGCUGCAGCUCAUUGACAAUGCAAGGAAGUCCCAUCAGUUGGCAGGCCAGCUGACAUCAGAGCAGGAUGCAGUGGUGAGCCUGUCGGCGUACAACAUAAAGCUUGUUUGGCGCGACGGCGAGGACAUCAUCCUGAGGGUGCCCAUCCAUGAUAUUGCGGCUGUCUCCUACAUCAGGGAUGACUCUUUGCACCUCGUGGUGAUCAAAACAGCCCAGGACUUGGGAGGUUCUCCUUGUCCCAGCUCGUGUCCUGAUCUCAACAAGUCUCAGACGCUGAGCUCCUUAUCAGAGAGUGGCGCUGUGCUUGUGGAAGUCUGCUGUCUGCUUGUGCUGGCCGUUGAUAAUAAGGCAGCAGCAGAGGAGCUGUGUCUGUUGCUCAGCCAGGUCUUUCAGAUUGUUUACACAGAAUCAACCAUCGACUUCUUGGACAGAGCCAUUUUUGAUGGAGCAACUACACCUACCAGACACCUUUCUCUAUACAGUGAUGAUUCUUCAAGCAAAGUGGAUGUUAAGGAGGCCUUUGACGCAGAAGCCAGCACAUUUCCUUUCCAGGUCUCUAUGAACGCAGAAGAAAACUCUCCCUCAGCAUCCACCCCAGCAUCCCCUCAGACGAAGACUGCGAGUGAAGGAGAGCUCAGCACCACUGCUGCAGAGCUGCUGCAGGACUACAUGACCACACUGCGGACAAAACUGUCAUCACAGGAGAUCCAGCAGUUUGCCACCCUGCUCCAUGAGUACCGUAACGGUUCCUCCAUCCAUGAGUUCUGCAUUAACCUGCGACAACUCUACGGGGACAGCAGGAAGUUUCUUCUACUUGGCCUGCGUCCCUUCAUACCAGAGAAGGACAGCCAGCACUUUGAGAAUUUCCUCGAGACCAUUGGUGUGAAGGACGGCCGAGGCAUCAUUACAGACAGCUUUGGUCGUUACCGGCGUACAGCCAGCUCCGCCUCCGAUUCCAACGGCAACGGAGCAGCGGGAGGAAGCGCCGCCUCAGACGAGGGACAGGAAGCCUCCGAGGGAGACGAAUGGGACCGUAUGAUCACGGAUAUCAGUAAUGACAUUGAAGCUCUCGGCUGCAGUAUGGACCAGGAGGGAGUGACACCCUGACACGGUGAAGAAAGGGAGGUAUUGUUUUUGCAAGAGCAGAGGACACACAAUGAUGUGUUCAUGAGCUAAAUGGAUCAGAUGAAGGUGGUCCGAAGCACAAACCUAAGAUUGGUUCAUUGUAUUUUCCUCUAAUUAUCAAGAGGACGUACCAUAGUCCCUACACACUCAAGGAAAACCUCAACCUGUUGCCACAAAAACAUGAAGUCAACAAAUGCACUUAUGCAGACCCUGUAGAUGACACCAGUCAGUGGCUAGUUUUGCAUUUCAGUGGGAUUUGUAGCCUCUGAUAUAAUAUUAUUUUUUUUUUUUUUAAAGUUUCUUUUAUUUUGUACUCAUUUAUUGGCAGUAUCUGCCACGGCUGUCAGCAAUAGCAACAAUCUCCAGAGUCUUUGAGAAUAUUUCAGUCUGUUUUGAAUACCCUCAAAGUCUCCGGAGGCUCCACCAGAGGACUGUGUACAUGUUUUUGAAGGUUAAGACUGAGGCUGUACUUGUUUGUGCUUUUUAUUACUAUGGGUCAAUCAGCUUCAUCCACCAGGAGAACUUCACGUUUUGUUAUAUAUAUAUAUAUAUAUGGCUGUC